AGGACCUCAACAUCUACUACUCGCCGGUGAUUUUGCGUGGAUCAUGACCGCGUCAGGCCUGGUGCUGCUCAUGAUUCCUGGUGUCGGCUUCUUCUAUGGCGGGCUGGCGCGCCGCAAGUCGGCCUUGGCGCUGAUCUGGCUAUUGAUGAUGUCGAUAGUGGUUGCCGGCUUCCAAUGGUUCUUCUGGGGCUUCUCGCUCGCCUUCUCCUACACGAGUAGCAACGCCUACAUUGUUAAUCUGAGCAACUUCGGUCUCCUUACUAUGCUUGCCCAACCUAAUAUCCCUGGUUCCAGAAUCCCCAACGUUCUAUUCUACUUAUACUAGGCCAUGUUCCCUGCUAUUACGUAGGCCCUAUUAGCCUACACUCUAGCUCUUUAUAUAACGGCCUCUAACUAGCUCGUUUAUGUCUAAGGUCGCUGUAAAAUACGGGCGAGGGAAAAAAAAGGCCACGGAAACAAGGUAACACAGAACACGGCUGUGUAACGGCCAUAUAUUACAAACCACUCGACUGUCAGGGUCGUCUGUCUGUAAGGGAGCACGGGCUCCACAGAAUGCUGGGGUUGGUAAUUAUGAAGAUAGAACAAAG